CGCUAGAAGAUACAUCUGGCCUGUUUUUAAGGGUGAACGUAUCAGAGUGGACUAUAUUUAAACUGUUUGUUUGAGUAGAUUUUUUAAUCAAAGUUAGCGGAAACUGUUAGCUUUUCAGAAGACAGCGAGGGAGCUUUACAGGCCUAGAGGGAAUAGAGACUGUUUUUAUUUCCCGUGUUCCUAAAUCCACGGACUUUCGCUGUUUUUGUGCAGUUAAAGUCGAUUAUCAAGUAAAAUGUCUAAAGCUCACAUGCUGAGAUCUUUAGUGAACCAGAGGCUGAAUGCCGCUGUUGAAGAGGUUUUUGAGCUGAUUGAAAAAACGAUGGCAGAGUACGAGGAGCAGCUGAGAGCAUCUAAAGAGGAAAACCAUCGACAACAGAAACUACUGGACGCUGUUUCAAACCCGGAAGUACAGAUAUACAGAACAGUUUUUCCUGUGGAGGCCCAGCAGCUUUCAGUGAGUCAAGAAGAGGUUUCCCAUGAAAAGCAGCAGGCGAGGAGCUCCAGUCUGAAUCAGGAGAUUGUCAUUAAAGAGGAACUGGAGGAACAGAGGAGGAGUCAGGAGGGACAGCAACUUCAAGGGACAGAGGAGGGAGAUAUCAACAAAUUUACUCUUUCCCCUGUCCCUGUAAAGAGUGAAGAUGUUGAAGAUGAUGAAGAUAACACUCAGUCCUCACAGCUUCAUCAAACACAAACUGAAGGAAUGGAAACAGAUUGUGACAGGGAAGGCUGUGGAGAACCAGGAGCUGCAAGGCACUGUGAUCCAGAGAGAAAUUUACAACCCGAGUCUGAGGUUAAGACUAAAGACUCUUCUGAAUCUGAGACUGAUGACAGUGAUCACUGGGAGAAGACAACAGAAAACCAGCCUGGUUCAAACUCAGAGGAAAACAUCAGAAAUCAAAGAUUUAAUCACAAAGGUCAUCUUAGAGAUGACAUGAGAAGUCACAUAGGAGAGAAACCCUUCAGCUGCUCUGAAUGUGGAAAGAGCUUUCACACAGAAAAUUGCCUUACAUAUCACAUGCAUAGCCACAAAGGAGAGAAACCACUCAGCUGCCCAAAGUGUAGAAAAAAGUUUACAUGGACUACAAAUCUGAUCAAACACAUGUUAGUUCACACAAAACAGAGACACUUCAGCUGCUCCAAGUGUGGAAAAAGUUUUUACACAAAAAAUAAACUUACAGCUCACAUGAGAACCCACACAGGAGGGAAACCCUUCAGCUGCACUCACUGUAGUGAAAUUUUUACCCAUAGCACAGAUUUGAUAGAACACAUGGCUAUUCACAUGAGACAGAAAAGCUUCAAAUGUUGAGAAAUUGUAAAUUUUCCUCACUAAUAUGAGAUGUCGGCUGGUUUAAAAAUGGAAAUCUUCUGGUCUGAAACGAUUUUGUGAUGUGGUAAAGCUCAGUUCUUCUGAGAUAUUUGGGGAGGAGAGGUCAGUGUUUGACCAAAAAGCACAGCAAACAUCUCAAGAAUCACCUAGCCUAGCUGUCUUUAGUCACUUUUUUUGGUGUGCUGUUUUUACACAAGAACAUCUAAGAAUAAUGUCUUCUUUGUAAAACCUAUUCAACCUAAACUAUGUGAUAAGUUCAGUGAAAAAGUUACAUGGUGAAUUGCAUCGCUAGAAUCACAGGAAUUAAAAUAUGUUUUAUUUUUAUUAUUUAUUAUACCUUUAUUUGGCAUUGACAAUAAAACAUCAGCUUAACAGUGACAUACAUUUUGGUUUUAAGAGUUUUCACCUGGGAUUUAAAAACAUUCAGAGUCAAAUUUUUCAGUUUAUAAUCAGCCUGCAGACUGUUCUAAGCAAAAGCUGCAGAGAGCCUAAAACCCUUCUUUCUCAACUCCAUCUAGACUUUUGGGAACAAUUUACACAGCAUCAGAACCACACAGGUUGUGUAAUCCAUCCUUCAAGCUUAAGAGAGAGGAGAGGUAGUUCAGAAUUUUGCCUAGAAUGACUUUAUAGA